GACAAUUUUAAAUUAAUUUCUUCCCAUAAUUAAAAGAAGGUAGCAUGAAACUUAAAGGACUGGAUUAACGACAUGAACAUCACUUUUAAAAGCAUUCUCUCCCGCCUCUAAACCUUCUCCAGACCUAGCGAUGAUGACCUAAGGACAACUUUGAACGACUAACCGAAAAAAAUUCACUUGACAGGCAGGGUUGAUCCUCAAAUGUAGGCCCGUGAAGAAGGUUUAAAUAGGAUUUCAAGGAAGCUACUAGGCUUUCUGAGAUGUUAUACUGUAUACUUACUGCCCAACCCAGAUCAGAAUAGAGUUCUUCUAUAUGUCUAAAUAAAACACACAAAUAAAUGCCAUCAUUAGUAAUAGGAAGCGGUCUCUCGAGAGUGAUUUGCAAAGCAUGAAUACCCCAAAAUUAUUGCAGGAAGAAGCAGAAACAGAGCAGGCAAAUAAAAAGAUGAGCCAGAGGUCGCCUGGGGUUCAGAGAUACCUCGUUGCAGUCGAAUACAUUGGCACAAACUUUGUUGGUUUCCAGAAACAACCUAAUGGCAGGACAGUUCAAGGCAUGCUCGAAGAGUACUGUUCUAUCUCACAGAUCCCUUUGCAAUGUAUUGGUGAUGCAGGAUGCAUUUAGCAAAUUUAUUGGCCAACCUGUUUCUAGUGCAUGCUCAAGCAGAACGGAUGCUGGAGUACAUGCAUUAGCAAAUGUAUGCCAUGUGGAUGUUGAGCGCAUCAGUAAGCGAAAGCCUGGUGAAGUGUUACCUCCACACAAACCUGGAGUUGUCAAAAGUGCUGUCAACCAUUUUUUACAGAAAAAUGCAGGUGAUAUGUCAGUGGUUGAUGUUCAAUGUGUGCCAAUAACUUUCCAUGCUCGCUUCAAAGCUCAGGAGCGCACAUAUUACUAUAGAAUUCUUUCGGGCAUAGAACCUCUGUCCACAUUUGAAAAGGAUCGGGCAUGGCAUGUCCCUGAAGACUUGAAUGUCUCUCUUAUGAAGGAGGCAUGCAAAGUUCUUAUAGGACAUCACGACUUUAGCUCUUUCAGGGCCUCUGGAUGUCAGGCAAAAUCCCCCAUCAAAUCUUUGACUCAACUUGAUGUAUUUGAAAUCCCAGCAUGGCCUGCCUUUCCAUCAAGCACAGAGAGAGUUUGUAGAGUAGAUACUCCAGAUAGAAAGGAUGCACAUUUGAGUUUUGAAAGGAAGGACAAUAUUGACAAACCUGUUCAAAAUGUUGGGGACAUCUCUCUUUCUUGCGAACACCCUGUGGAACGCAAGAUACCAGUACUUUGUCCUGAAGAUCAUGAGGAUUAUAAUGAAGGGGAAGUGAUUGAAUUUGGUUGUCGAAGGGGGCAUCAUGGCUAUGUAGUGACAGCAAGAGCACCAUCAUUUUUGUAUCAUCAGGUACGAUUACUUGUUGGUGCUUUGAAGUGUGUUGGAACUGGAAAAUUGUCGGUUGAAGAUGUUGAAAGAAUUCUUAAAGCACGAUCAAUAAUGGUGGCACCACCUAUGGCACCUGCUCAUGGUCUUUAUCUUGCAAAGGUCAAGUAUGACUUUAGUUCUAAUAAAGUGAACCAAAUUGAGGAUGAUGGAUUAUCUGUAUUAGGAGCUCCUAUCUGUAAUCCUCCCUUGACUUGAUGAUGAACCACAAAAUGUGGACUGAAAUAUUCUAACCUUUUCAAUGUAAUUAUUCCUUGAAACCCCAUUUUCUUAACAAAUAUCUUUUAAAUGGAGUUUAGUUCCAUGAUUUGACUCAAGUGGAUAGAAUUUAACUCAACUGUUGUAAAAAGCUUGGAGGUAAGCAAACAAGGACCCAAGAUUUGGAAUUUUGGACUGCAUAUAAAAUGUGUUCUGUCAAACAUUUUUUCAUUAAUUGUUGGAAGCUUGAAGUUUCUUGAUGUUAAUGCUUAGUGGUCGCAUUGCCCAUUUGUUAGUGGCCUAAUGCUAAAGAGGUUUCGGUCAUGCGAUGGCCCAGGUUCAACUCUGUCAUGAGAGUUCCCCCAUGCUGUGGAUAAAUUGUGAUUUUUAAUUGAAAAAGUCUACUGGCUGUACUAUUGAGUUUAA